CCGGGUUGGCUGCUGCCCCGCCCCCUUCGCCCUGCCUGAGCGACUGUUGCUAAAGGGGCGUGGCUCGACCUGGGAGUCAGGGAGCGUCCCGCGGCCUCAUGAAUAUUUGAGUAUUCAAAUGACGCUCCGGCCCCGUUGCCAUGGCGCCCAGGGCCCGCAACCCCGCCCCCGGAAGAACGACCGACCCCGAGUCGCAGCGAGCCCCCGGCGGCGGAGGGCGCCCAGGGCGGUGGCAUACAGACCAACCCCUCAGGUGAGGUCACUGAGGCGCACAGAGCCAGGGCUCGGCAACCCCCCCGAGGCCUCUGUCAGAGCCCAGCUGGCCACCCUCCCUGCCCUAAGCAUGGCGGAGAGGAUGCGUCUUGAACGUCCACAGAGGCUGAUAGAUAAGAACAGUGGCUGGUGACUAGCGCAGAGCCCUGUACGUUGUGGAUGCAGCGGGCAAGCAUCCUGCCCGCACAGAGCCCGCGUUGUCUUGGGCCAGUCCAGGUCCCUCAUCAGGAUGACUGAAAGCACCUGAGGGCCAGUCCCCACACUGGCAGCCCCAUGCAUCUCGGCACCUGCUCACUUCUGAGCCCUGUGACCUCAGUCCUGCCUGUCUCACAUUCCCUGGGCAGGGUGACCUGGCCAGGAGGCCAACCCACCUCUCUCCUGCAGGUGCCCCUUGGGGACACAUACCGCCCCCUUGCCUGAAUGUUUGACCCGUGGUGGAAAAAGGCAGCUGCCUCAGCAGGUUGGAUGUGAAUGGACCAGGCCUGGGACAAAGCCCACGGGCCUUGGCCGAGCACAGCCGAUAUCCUGGUGCGGGAGCUGAGCUGGCAAGGCCCGCACAACCCCUGCCCGAAGAGCAAGGACCCGGGCAGCCAUGGCGAGCAGUUGGUAGAGGAGUACCUGUCACCUGCCCGACUGCGCGCCCUGGCCCAGGUGGAUGACCUUCGACUGGUGGGUAUGCUGGAGACGUGCGUCAGCACCCGUGAGAGCAGCCUGGGGAACUUCGGGGUGCACCUGCCCAACCUCAGCCAGCUGAAGCUGAACGGUAGCUGCCUGGGCUCCGUGAGAGACCUGGGAACCUCCCUGGGCCGCUUGCGGGUGCUGUGGCUGGCCCGCUGCGGCCUGACCGACCUGGAUGGCAUUGGCUGCUUCCCGGCCCUGAAGGAGCUCUACGUCUCCUACAACAACAUCUCAGACCUGAGCCCGCUGUGUCUGCUGGAGCAGCUGGAGGUCCUGGACCUGGAGGGUAACAGUGUGGAGGUCCUGGAGCAGGUGCGUUACCUGCAGCUGUGCCCGAGGCUGGCCACGCUCACCCUGGAGGGCAACCUGGUGUGCCUGCGGCCAGGGCCCAGCCCCUCCAACGAGGUGCCCCCCGGCUACAACUAUCGGGCAGAGGUGAGGAAGCUCGUCCCACAGCUGCGGGUCCUGGAUGAGGUGCCAGCCACACACACGGCCGUGCCGGCCCCCCGGGAGCUGCGCCAGGACUGGCUCAUGGUGAAGGAGGCCAUCAAGGAGGGCAGUGUCUCCGAAGGCCUGUUCCCCGGGCUGGAUCAUCCCCAUGGAGCCCCCAUCCGGACACUCGGCUCCCAGCUCUCCUUGCCUGAGACCCAGCCACGGGCCCCCAGGCCACGGCCCCUCUCCCUACUGGUCACUGGGGGUCCCCUGCCGGGAGGCCUGCUUCUCAAGGACCCAGCUCCACAGGACGACACCAGUAACCUCACCCACGGUGCUAGCCGAGUCCUCUGCGGAAACCCCACCAAAGGCCUGCGGGAGCGUCGACACCAGUGCCAGGCCUGGACACCUCCGGAGCAGCUGGCCCCACAGGAGGACCUGGCUGCCAGUGCCUCCACCCCAGGGCCUGACCCUGCAGACAGCAGUGACCUCCUGGCCUUGGCUAGGCUCCAGGCCCAGAGGGAGCUGCGCCUUCGUCCCCUCCCCAGUAGGUACCUGGAGUCCCAGCAGGAAGGUGCCACAGCCCCCUGGGGCCCACGGGGGGCGCCCGAAGAACAAGAGGACAAAUCUAAGCCCAGGACUCCCUCUGGCCCCCAAUGUCUGGUCCCAGAGUCUUCUAGGACCUCAGGCUAUAACCUGAUCCCCACUCCCCCUAAGUUCCCCUUGCCAUCUGAUUCCAGCAACACCUUCUGGGGGUCCACAGACCUGCAGUUCAGGAGGCGUAGGCUCAGAGCCCUAGGCAGCUUGAGGCCUGGCCUGGGUCAGGGGCCAGCUGCGGUGACAGCUCUAAGAGGCCUGGAGGUGGCCUCGGGGCCGAACCCUCGAGCCCAAGGAUGUCCCAGCCCAAAGCCAGCCCUGGAUCCAGCAGCCAGACCUCCCCGGCCUCCGGUGCGUGCAGCACCUGAACCCUAUCACCCCAGCCCAAUCCCACCCCUAGUGUAACCCCCCACCCGCUGCCAAGCUGGCCUGGACUGCGGGCCAAGGAGCCCCAGUGUGGUCGUGGGAGCCCCAUGUGAACUCUGGCCUCAUGGAACCCAGAGCAUCUUGGAGAGUGUGUUGGGGGCGGGGAAAUAGGCUUGACAUAAGGGGGACCCUUCUUGGUGGAGGGGAGUGGGGGGGUUGGGACUGCCAGGGGUGGGCACAAGGAAGAGCCCAGGAUAGGAGAGCCCAGUUCCCCACCGCUGGCCCCGCUGCCCACUCCUUCCAUGGGGCCCGGC